AUGCCGGCUCUGCCAGCACUGCUGCUGUCAAUACACUUCCUCUCUUUCCUGCUAGUCACCAUGCCGCCACGCUCCCUCAGUCAGGCCCCCUUGCUCUCCUCUGUCCGCAUGGCGGCUAUCCUGGAUGACCAGUCUGUGUGUGGGCGCGGGGAGCGGCUGGCGCUGUCCUUGGCCAGGGAGAACAUCAACAGCGUGAUGGAGGGUCCGUCCAGAGCCCGAGUGGAGGUGGACAUAUACGAGUUGCAAAAAGACUCCCAGUACGACACUACUGACACCAUGUGUCAGAUUCUACCCAAAGGCGUCGUCUCUGUCAUAGGUCCCGCCUCCAGCCCCGCCUCUGGCUCUACUGUCAGUCAUAUAUGUGGAGAGAAGGAGAUCCCUCAUGUGAAGAUUGGUCCGGAGGAAACUCCCCGCUUACCGUACCUGCGCUUUGCCUCUGUCACUCUGUACCCUAGCAACGAGGACCUGAGCCUGGCCAUAGGAGCCAUCUUGCGCUCGUUCAGUUACCCCUCAGCCAGCUUGGUCUGCGCCAAGGCUGAGUGCCUGCUGAGAUUGGAGGAACUGGUCCGCCGCUUUCUCAUCUCUCGGGAGACGCUGUCAAUCAGGAUGCUGGAUGACAACCUGGACCCUACGCCGCUGCUGAAGGAGAUCCGUGACGACAAAGUGGCCACCAUCAUCAUUGACGCCAAUGCUUCUGUCUCCUAUCUCAUCCUGAAGAAGGCGUCAGAGCUGGGGAUGACAUCAGCAUUUUACAAGUACAUCCUCACCACCAUGGACUUCCCACUGCUGAGACUGGAUGAUAUAGUGGAUGAGCAGUCCAACAUUGUAGGUUUCUCUAUGUUUAACACCACUCAUCCCUUCUAUUUGGAGUUCAUCAGGAGCCUCAACCUCUCUUGGAGGGAGGGCUGUGACCUGACGUACCCUGGCCCUGCGCUCUCGUCAGCGCUGAUGUUUGAUGCAGUGCAUGUGGUGGUGGGGGCGGUGAGGGAAUUGAACCGCAGUCAGGAAAUCGGAGUGAAGCCACUCAGCUGCACCUCACCUCAGAUCUGGCAACAUGGGACCAGUCUUAUGAACUACCUGCGCAUGGUGGAGUACGAUGGUCUGACAGGUCGUGUGGAGUUCAACAGCAAAGGUCAGAGGACCAACUACACCCUGCGGAUCCUGGAGAAACACCGAGGAGGCCACAAAGAGGUCAGGAGUCACCUGUUAUCAUGCUGCAGCCAGGUCACAUCGCCCAUAGGCUUUGGAACCUCUUGA